GAACAGCCGUCGUCGGCGAUGUACAUGUAUUCAGUUUACAAUGCAUGGACUGCUCGUUUCUCCGGCUACUGAACGCAGACACGUUGACGAUCGUUGACAGCCUAACCGAAGGAUAUUACCCAAGGAAAUUGCAUUGCUGAUGACUCAGAGAUAGGACAACUACAUUAUCUAGCAGGAUGUCCAGUGAAGCCACUAUUGACAAUUACACCAGAGAGAGAUGGCAGUUGUUACAGAGUCUCCGUUCUACAGUUGAAAGCCUCCUGACUAAUGGGGUGUCCAAUGUCUGGAAUGUUUAUGGAGGCCUUAAUCGCUUGCAUAACGUUAUGGAGAAAAUAUUCAAGCAUGGUUGCAGGAUAUUUGAUACUAAAGGAGAGCCUGAUUUUUGGACUUUUAUUCAAGGGUUGAAUUGGUUACAACCUUCAUUAGCUACUUCUCCGACAAUACGUGACUGUGAUGAUUACCAUGCAAAUUUGUGCAGUAGAAUAGUUUCUCACAAAGAUAUACUCUGGUUGUAUAAAAGUUUGGAAGAUCAUUCUUUAUCUCAGAAAUUAUCAUGGCUUUUGUCUGAUAAAGAGCAUUUACUUUCCUGUCUUGAACCGUGGGCCUUUCUUUGUCAAGAAAAUCUUGCUGAAGCUACGCUUGUUUGUUUGAGAGCUGUUGAAAAAAAUCAGCCAACUCUCUUGACUGAAAUUGACCCGUCUUUGUUUCUACCGAGCUGGAAUAGCAAAGACAGCCCAAAGCGAGCGCAUCGUCGUUCAUCUUCUUACCCGGUGAAUUUGUGCAGCAGUGCACAUCCCGUCGUGGUUGUUGACGAGAUUCCUCCGUCGAGAUCGGCUCACGAUUUCAGUGCAGAGCACAAGGAUGCGGUUGCCUUGAUAAAAAACGAAUUGGUCGCACGUGCGAUAAAAGAGGAGACGAGCAGCAACGCAUCCAUCAAGGCUUGGAGUAGCUUUCCCCAUCUAAAUGAGAAUGGUUCCGAUGUGGUAGCCGUCGGCAAUGGGGUGCCGGAAAAGGGGCUUGGCGCGAAAGAGCCGAGGGUCGCGCAGAGCAUCGAGCUUUCGGACGUGAUCAAGGUCGAUUAUACCGAAACGACGAGCAUCGGCGCUUCCACGUUUACUGAAGUUAAAACUAGUCCAGUAAAACCAAAGUUCUUGUCGAGAAAGGGGAGAAAGACGAGACUAGCAAAAUUAAAGAAAUCACAACGGAAUAGUGGUAGUUCUGAUACCUUAAACUACGAAGAAUCACCGAAACCAUCGACGAACUCCAACGCACAUCUGACGAAGUCGCUUGGCUCGGGACACAGUGUAACGGACUCGAUAAAAAUCGAAAUGAUAAAGCCGAAAUGGAAAUCGUCUUUCCUCGGUGGAUCAGCGCCAGAAUUUUCAGGGCCGUGGAGCACCGAGGUCGAAGGUCAGAAAGACGUACGAACGCCAAAGAAGAGUUUUAUCGAGGACGGAGGAAGUAGCGUUUUACCAAUGGCAACCGGUUACUUUCCUCAGCCUAAGGAGGGUCAGAGUCUCACGAGUUUUCUGUCGUCGGCACAGUUCGCUCGAGCAAAUGCCGAGCUCGACAGGGAGAACGCACAUUUCAGUAUUUCCGAGGCGAUGAUUGCUGCUAUCGAGCAGGUCAAGUGCAACAAGCAGCUGAGACUCGCGGAUGAAGCCGCCGAGGAAAGCGACGAGGAAAUCAACAGUCUCAAGCAAAGGAUAAGGCUGAGACGGCGCCAACGGCAGGAAGAGCGACGAAAAGGAAGCGCAGUUGCCGCCAGCACUUGGAAUCGCGAUCUUCUGAGCGACGGCAAAACCGACACGACGACCACGGAUCAGAGCGUUAGUCCGAUGUCUACGUCCUCUGGUACGCCAUCUGAUAGUAUUUCUACAGACGAUGUGGAUGAUUAUGAAAUGAACGACACGCGCAAUUUAUCUGAUCUUAAACAUUCCAGCUUGUUGGUGUCAAUGGCGUCGCUUUACUCCGAAGCUGACCUUUACAGAUCAUCUUCAAAGCAAGCAACUGAAUCAAACAUGUCGGACAAUACGGUAUCCGCGGAAGGUGUUGCCUUGUCGCUCAUCAGUAGGUUUAGCGAAAAACACUUGCCUCGAGCGAGUGAAUUACAAUGGCUCGUUUCUGAACAGGAUGCUCCUCAAUGUCUAUUACCUCUUCCACAAAGUUGGCCUAUAAGUCCCGAUGACGCCGAAGGUAUUGACGGAAAUUCAAUACACUUACGAGGUACAGUCGAGUGGGCCCCACCGCGACCACAAAUCAUAUUUACUGCGCAUCCACCACCUGUGCGGCGAAUUCUCAUAGCAAAACAAAAUUACCGAUGUGCCGGCUGUGGUAUGAAAGUUGCGGUAGAAUAUGCGAGCAGAUUUCGUUAUUGCGAGUAUUUAGGUAGAUAUUUUUGUACGGGUUGUCAUACCAAUCAAGUGUCCUUGAUACCUGGAAGAAUUCUUUCCAAGUGGGAUUUCAAUAGGUAUCCCGUUUCGAACUUUUCCUACAGACUUUUGGAUCAAAUGACAGUCGAUCCGCUUUUCCAAGUGAGUGAUCUGAACCCUACGUUAUAUCGAAGAAUAAAGCAAUUGGAUCGCACAAGGCUGCUUCGAACUCAGUUAUUCUAUCUCAAAGAUUUCCUUUUAACCUGCCGCUUCGCUACAAUUAUACAGCAAGAAUUAAAGAAAGAACCAAGUCAUAUUAUAACGGAACCUCACAUUUACUCAAUACAAAACUUCGUGCAGGUUAAGACAGGAAUCCUUCCAACUGAGUUGAAUAAAUUGGUUCAAGAAUCCUGUAAUCAUGUGGCAAAUUGUGUGUUGUGUCAAGCUCGAGGCUUCAUAUGUGAACUGUGCAAUUCGAAAGAUGUUAUUUAUCCAUGGGAAAUGAACAAAGUAACAAGGUGCGAUAAUUGUGGCACUUGCUAUCACAUAGCUUGCGCCAAUCCUGAUUCUAAUACAAAAAAAAUAGUAGACUGCAAAAGGUGUAGUAGGUUGCGUGCUCGACACGAAUCCAAAGAGGAUUCGUCGUCCGAAAUAAGAUGAUUGAGGGCUAAAAAUCUCUUGCUGAAUUAUUUUUAUGUGACUGCAUUUGCAGAAAUUUUAUUUGUUACUGAGCACAAACUUUUCCAUUCUGGUGAUCAAAUAUGCCUGUUACUCAAGAACGAAACUAUUAUGCUUAUGUUUUAAUGAACACAGUGUUUAACCAACACGUUUUAUUUGUAAAUUUGUAUGUGUUUGCUUAUUAAUUUAUAGUAUUGAUAAUAUUUAUUAUAAAAGAACGUCAUUUACACUUGACUAUAAAGGCAACCAAAAGACUAAUUUGUUAUUGUAAUUGCAAAUGUUUAGACUAAUCUAAGAAAAAACUAUCUAAAACUAGUAUUUUUGCAUUGUCAUUGUCAUGUUUGAGAAAGUGCAUGAAAUAUCUGUAGUGUAGUUUUAUUAUUGUUAAUCAAGUAAAUUUUUGCAAUGAAAAUGUACAAAUUUUAAAGUCAAUUUCUAAUUUCAAGAAUAUAAGUAAUCAUGAAAUAAUAAAAUGAUCAAAAAGUUAUUAUAGAGGAAUAUCAUAUCUAAAUUUUGAAAAUAUCAAGCGGGCGUAUAUUUAAUCAAAAUUUAACUGCAAUGUAUUGAUAUUUGACUUUUGAAUUUUAAAGUAUUAAUUCAAAUAAAUGAACAAGAUGUUCGCUCGCUUUUUACAUUAAUUAGUAUUUUAUUUUUUUAGUUUAAUACAAAGUAUAUUUUUUUUUGUCGAAAAUAUUUUAUUUUGUAAGUUUUUUUCAGAAACUCAUUGUAAACAGAGUAUUAAUUAACAUUGAAUUUAUUAUUUUCUAAUUUUGAAUCUCACGCAUUGUAAAAUUUCAAGUAAUUCAAAAAUACCUUCAAAUACAAUUGAAAUGAAGCGUAUAAUGUGAUAUGUAGGAAAUAAAUAUUUAAGAUUCUCAUUUUAUG